AUGGCGACCACGUUUUCAUCGCUUCCCGUCGAGAUUCAGCGCCAAUGCGUCAACUACCUUGACAUCACCGCUUUGCGGUCAAUGCGACUGUCCUCCCAAGCUAUCAGGGACGUCACGACUGAGGCAUUGUUCGAGGUAGCUACGCUUCAGGUCACAGAAGAAAGCGCAGAGAGAUUCAGUGCCCUCAUGAAUAAUGAUGAAUCCCGACGUUAUAUCUGUAGACUUCUCCUGGACACCCACUGUGCUGGGCAAUGCGCACAUGAGGAGUGUGAUGUAUUUCCGCCACCAGAGUGGUGGGCUGGAGCUGUUGCGAGAUGGAGCUGUGUCUCCUGGCCGAACCUCAAGAAAAUUACAGUCGAUUGCGCGUACGCAUGCGCCAACAGGCGUUGUGCAUCUCUCGGACUGGCCUUCACAACUUUUCUUGCGGGCGCCGACAUCGAAGCCUUGACCAUCAAGCAUCUUCACGACUCUUGCCUCAUCCAGCGCCCAGACUUCACGCCGGGCAGGGCCAAAGUUACGAAGCUGCACCUCUUACUCACUACAUGGAGUGACGAUGCUUCUCCAGAUAACGACAUCGAGAUACGAUACCGCCACUCCCUCUUCAAUAUACAUCUCAACACCACAUGGCUGACCCCGCUGCAGACACAACUCACCCACUUGACGUUGCACUCCAACACAUACUGGGGCGUAUACCCGCCAUGGCAGCCUGGCGACCUGCACUUCCCACGUCUCAGAUCCCUGGCUCUUGGCAAAUGGACCAUCGCGUUCGACUGGCAAAUCGACUUCAUCGUGUCCCAUAGCGAUACACUCCAGGAACUGUUCCUAACCAAUUGUCCGAUUUUGCACGCCCUACGAAUGACUCCUCGACAGUCCGACAAUCAAUGGCGACGGCCUCGAGCAGGUACGGCGCGCGGCAAGCCGCCGACGAACAACUUCUUCUCUGGUCUGCGAUGGCACACCGUCCUUCUAGCGUUCAAGAGCAAGUUGCCCAAGCUGAAGUAUUUCUCAAUGGGACCCGGUCCGCUCGGUGGCCUCGUCUUCGACCGCCGAGAUUUCAGGGAUGAUGAAGCGUUCGAGGACCGCUAUAAACUCUCUCCGCGCAUAGACUCCGCGCGCUACGCUGUCUUUGACUUCGGGGCUGGACCGGCAGAGUGGUUAGAUGGUGAUUCUGAAUACCGUCAGAGGUGGCACAGAGGGAAGGGCGGAUUUGAUGGCACGGACUGGGUAGAGAAGGAAAUGGAUGAGGAGGUUAGGAAGAAGGCGAAUUACCCUGAUUGUUUGCAGGAGGAUCAGGCGGCGCUGGAAGGUUUGCUCAGGAGUCUAAGAGAAAGGUGGUAG